CAUUGAAGCCAAAGGUAAACAGCGUUUGGUUAGGCAUGACCCACAGAGAUGGAGACGCGUACUUGCACGCGUCCUCGUCCGCGAGCUCUCUGUUGCUGGAGCAUUAUCCCACAAAAACUUGAGAAUGGAACGACCACCAGGGUUAACAAAAUCCGAUACAGCUUUUCCUACUGAGGUACGCUUCGCCCAUUAUCAUCCCUAUUUUCGGAACGUGGCCUUUAGCUAUGCCGAGAGUCUACUGGGUGCCCUACGAUAUAAGAACACGAUAGUUCCCAAGGUAGCUCCAGUUAUAUCUGUACUGUCUCUUUGGGCGGCCUUUGUUGUGGUUGUCCACAACAUGGGCUUGAAACUUGCUAUGGACGACAAAUUGAUAGCGAUUCUUGGUGUAUCACUGGCUAUGCUGUUAGCUUUUCGUAUCAAUCGCGGGUUUGAACGUUAUUGGCAGGGCGCUCAGCUAUGGACCGCAUUAUCCAUCCAAAUCAGAACCCUAAGCCGCCUGCUUUGGAACGGUGUUCGUACACCCUCACCAGAAGCUUAUCAAGAGAAGCUCCAAAUAAUGAAGCUCCUCUUAGCUGUUGCAAUUGCUACAAAAUAUGCGUUACGAGGCGAAAAUGCCCUUGAACAGCAAGAGUUGAUCCGAUUGCUUCCCCAUGGCUACGGGAGUCAGUCUUAUCGAUCCAGUCUCGUAGAUUUUGGUCCUGAGGCCAAUGCAGCUCUGAAUGAGGAAAGGACGUCGGAGCAAGCGACUGGCGGUAGCACUGGUGGCGCGACCUCAGGCAGUAGGGAUGGGUAUGAGGGCAAAGAUAUUGGGCUGCGUACCCACCCUCCACUAGUAUUGCUCCGACAUCGAUCUAGUUAUAGCAAGGGAUCUGCAAUAUCUAGUGUAGCGCCGUCGCCACCCCCAUAUUCACGUCCUUAUCCCGUGUACCGAAGACCUUUCGGGCCGCAACCAGAAACGAAUGUACUGGUAAUAAAUGCGCCAUUAGAUAUUAUUCACAGAAUCAGCGCAUACGUCCGUCGCCAACGGCAGCAGAGCACAGUGGAUUUAGAGGACACUCCUUCAAUAUCAAACGCCAUCAAUGCGAUGAUAGAUGCCGUAUCAAAAUUCGAGCAGAUUCUAUAUAUACCUAUGCCUAAAUCGUACGACAUUCAUCUGAAGCAGAUACUGCUGGUAUAUUUCCUAGCUCUACCCUUUCAACUUGUCCGCCAACUAGGAUGGCUACUGAUACCCGUCACUAUAAUCACCUCCCUAGCCUUCUUUGGGGCAGAUGCAAUAGCGGGAGAAAUUGAAGAACCAUUUGGGACGGACGAAGUUCGUGACAGCAUCCAUCAUUUACUACCAUCUCGAUUAAAGCCAGUGGCUGACUUUUGUCCCUUUUUCGCAGAACGAUCUUCCUAUCGACUAUUUCUGCGGCAAAUUGCGCGGCGAUAUAGAGUAUAUCAUGGAAAUGGUUUUGGAUGUAGAAGACGAAGACGAGAUAGAGGAGGUGGCGACUGAACCUAAGAAAGAGUCAUAAUGGUAUUAGAUGCACAGGACUUUAUCCAACAUUGUAAAUAGUCGGGACAACACAUGAUAUUAUGUGCAUUUACCAUGGUUUCAAUCUUAUGGAAUUCUCUGCGA